GCAUAUACACAAUAGAAGAUCGUCGAAAAAUAUUAGUUGACAAAAUUUGGGUAUUAAAAAAUAAGCCAAGCAUCUGUCAUUUACUGCAUUGAUAUCAUAUAAACAACAGAUGAAAUAGCGCUGUAAAACAUAAUUAAUUGCUUUUUAAAAUUGUUUUAAGAGACCAUAGGUUGAUAAAAUGGAAAUCUAAUGAAUUUGUUUUAUCAUAUUACGAGUUACAUCUUGAUAGAUCAGAGGGUGUUGAUGGUACUCUAGCUCUAGCGGCAUUGUUGACUAUUGUUGAUCAUGUAUACAUUUUUGCAGAUGUCAAUCUAGACCGGGCAGAUUUAUAUAUAUAUAUAUAAUUGUUCAUAAUUAUAUUCAUUUUAGUAGUGAACAUAGUAACUGCAAUGUCACAUUCAAAAGGAGGCAGAAAAACACACCAAGGCAAUAAGAAGAUUAACAUCGGCGAUAAAGGAAAAGAAGUGUUGAAGAAUCUAGACGAGAACAGUUUGGUUGUGCAACAAUUUCGCGUCUAUGCAGCAGAGUUAGACGACAAACACGAUCGAUAUGAGAGGAUCUUGAAAAUUGGUAGAGAUAUCACAAUAGAGAGUAAAAGAAUUAUCUAUCUUCUACACAGCAUAGACAAAAAAAGCAAACAGGAGAGUGUAUUAAAUGAGGCCAAAAUAAGACUGCAAAAUGUUGCACAGAAUAAUUUUAAAUGCAUCGCUCUGGAAUUGGAGAACGAAGAUGGCUAUCAAUACUUGAGAGCUUAUCGUGGUAGUUUAGAAGAAUACAUAGAAGCAUUUACCUUCUACCAUUAUUUAAAUAGUAAUAAUUUAGAAGACUGGACAGAAUUGGAAAAAAUGAUUACUUAUACAAUUACAGACAGACCCGAAGUACAGACAAUAAAUACUUUGGUCACUCCACACGAAUACAUCUUGGGCAUUGCAGAUCUAACUGGAGAACUUAUGCGGAGAUGUAUUAACAACUUAACGCAAGACACUGCUAGUUGUUACCAAAUGUGCAACUUUGUCAGAAAUAUGUACACAGGUUUUCUGAGCUGUAAAAUACUGAAUUGUAAAGAAAUGAACAGGAAACUAUCUACUCUAAAGCAAAGUCUGUGCAAAAUAGAGAAUGUUUGUUAUACCAUUAAAGUUAGGGGUUCUGAAAUACCAAAGCACAUUCUUAUAGAUGUAGCAACUAAAAACUAUGAAGAAAACGAUGAGGGAUACCAAGCGUAUUAGUCAGUUGUGUACAUUGUAAAAUAAUAUAAAUAUAAUAAUUAUUUACCAGCCCAAUAGAUUUGUCAUAAAAUUAGUUUUAGACUUUCAUUAUUAUGCAGAGCGAGCCCGUUAAUUUUUUGAAAAUAUUUCAACUUUCAGGCCUAGAUGAGUCACACAUAUAUGCAUAGCAAUGCACUAAUAGCAUACAUAUGUGUAUAAGGUUUGCUGUUAGAACCAAACUCACAUGGAUAUGGCGGUUUCACUGUAUUAUCUUAUCUUAAAAAUGUAUUACAUACAAUUAUAUUAAUAUAUUUACAGAUUUCAUAAUAUAUUUAAUUGUUCAAUAUCAUAACAAAUUGUUCACAAAAUACAUUCUUUUACGUAUUCUCAAUUUUGUACAUUAGACAAUAUAGCAAGUAACUAUCAAUAUUAAUAUAAGUACUAAAUGCAAAUCUCUGAAUACAUAAUUAAA